UAUGUUUUAGAGUAGAAGAAGAUGAGAGUGAAUAAAUAUGAGAGAGAACAGCUAAAAGAUUCCAGUUUGGUAGGAGAUUAAAAAAUAAAGCAAAUAAAGUGCAUCUAUGCCUGCUUUGUAAAAGAUGUAUAGGUACAUGUGACAGUGCUGCAGCAAUGAGUGGAAUUUUAAAGAGGAAUUUGGAAGAAGUUGAGGGCCCCUCAUCCUGUUCCUCUGUGCGGGAAUCAGAUGAUGAAGUUUUUAGCGGUGACAGUGCUGACAGUGGUGAUAGUGUCAAUCCAUCCACUUCUAAUCAUUUUACCGGAAAAAUGAAGGACAUAACUACGGAUUGAAAACAUGGUUUCAGAGGCCUGAAAUCUGCUGGAAGAAACCAAUGUUCUUGAGAUUGUAAGGUACAUGUGACAGCGCUGCAGCAAUGAGUGGAAUUUUAAAGAGGAAGUUUGAAGAAGUCGAUGGCUCCUCACCAUGUUCCUCUGUGCGGGAAUCAGAUGAUGAAGUUUCUAGUAGUGAAAGUGCAGACAGUGGGGACAGUGUCAAUCCAUCCACUUCUAAUCAUUUUACCCCAUCCUCGAUCCUGAAACGAGAGAAGCGGUUGAGAACAAAGAAUGUUCAUUUUAGCUGUGUUACCGUAUACUACUUCACAAGGAGACAAGGUUUCACCAGUGUUCCCAGUCAAGGAGGAAGCACGUUGGGCAUGUCCAGUCGCCAUAACAGUGUUCGCCAAUACACUCUUGGUGAAUUUGCUAUGGAACAGGAGAGGCUCCAUAGGGAGAUGUUAAGAGAGCACCUCAGGGAGGAAAAACUUAACUCUUUAAAACUAAAGAUGACCAAGAAUGGUACCGUAGAAUCCGAAGAAGCCAGCACUCUUACAUUAGAUGACAUUUCGGAUGAUGAUAUUGAUUUAGACAACACGGAGGUAGACGAAUACUUCUUCCUGCAACCCCUGCCAACAAAGAAACGAAGGGCACUGCUUCGAGCCUCUGGAGUGAAAAAGAUUGAUGUGGAAGAAAAACAUGAGCUGCGGGCCAUCCGCCUAUCAAGAGAGGAUUGUGGCUGUGACUGUAGAGUAUUCUGUGAUCCGGAAACUUGUACUUGCAGCCUCGCGGGCAUCAAGUGCCAGGUGGAUCGGAUGUCUUUCCCAUGUGGUUGCACUAAAGAGGGAUGUAGUAAUACAGCAGGUAGGAUUGAAUUUAAUCCUAUCCGAGUCCGGACUCACUUUUUGCACACAAUAAUGAAACUCGAACUGGAGAAAAACCGAGAGCAGCAAAUUCCAACACUGAACGGCUGCCACAGUGAGAUAAAUGCUCACACUAGUUCUAUGGGCCCUGCUGGCCACCCUGUGGAAUAUUCAAUUGCAGAGAAUUUUGAGAUUGAAACAGAGCCCCAAACAACAGUGAUGCAUUUGCAGUCUGCAGAAGAGUUGGAUUGCCAAGUAGAAGAUGAAGAAGAGGAAGAAGAUGGAAGUAGCUUUUGUAGUGGAGUUACAGAUUCCAGCACACAAAGCCUAGCACCAAGUGAAUCAGAUGAAGAGGAAGAGGAGGAAGAAGAAGAGGAAGAAGAUGAAGAAGAUGAGAAAGGAGAUCAUUUUGUGGAAGGUCUGGCUACCCAUGCCGAAGUUGUGCCUCUUCCUUCAGUUCUCUGCUAUUCUGAUGGCACUACAGUACAUGAAAGCCACUCUAAAAAUGCCUCUUUUUACACUAGCUCUUCAACUUUAUAUUACCAAAUAGACAACCAUACUCCAGGCACCACAAAUCAAAUUCCUGAGAACUAUUCUGAAAGAGACACUGUUAAAAAUGGUACCCUUUCUCUGGUGCCUUACAGCAUGACAUCAGAGCAGUUUGUUGACUAUGCUCGACAAGCAGAAGAGAGCUAUGGCAGCUCACAUUACCCAUCUGCAAACCCCUCUGUAAUAGUCUGCUGCUCUUCAUCAGAAAAUGAUAGCCAUGUGCCAUGUAAUAGCUUAUAUCCUGAACAUAGGCCAAACCACCCUCAAGUGGAAUUUCACUCUUAUUUGAAAGGUCCCUCCCCAGAGAGAUAUGUUUCUACUUUGAAUGGCGACAGUCACAUAGUUGAGCAUCCUGCUGAAAAUUCCUUAAGCCUUUCGGAAAAGAGCAGAUUGCACGAAGAAUGCAUCAAGUCAUCAGUGAUUGAGACCGUCCCCGUGUAGUAGGUUAAGUUGUCCCAGAACCACCUUCCUAUAUUUAAAUGCACUGUUAUUUAAUUGGAUUUCCUAGACUCAGCAUUGUUUUAAACUGUGGACCAAGAAAACUUGGACUAUGGUUAAAGUUCCAGAUGCUUUUGUUUCUUCUUUCUAGCUUUUGGGACAGUGGCAUUGCACAAAUACAAGUUCAUACAAGGAUUUUGAAAUAAAUCAGAUGUUUUUGAUAAAAAAAAAAAGAGCUAAAUUUAAAAAUGCAUAUUUCAGUCACUGACCUGUCAAACUCUGUGAAACCUGCCAAUCUGUAUAGAUCAAAGCUCCAAGUUUUUUGAUUAUUGGGCCUGUGCAAGAUUCUUAACUAAUACUUGGAAACGAUCAGAUUUAGAGUCCUAAUUUUCAAUAUCUGAAGUUGAUAGUGACUUUUUGAUGUAAAAGUAAUUAUUGUAAGAAAAAUAUUUAAUUGUUCAUAUGUAUUUUAUUUAUGGUAGUUUAGCAGAUCAUGUUUUGAUGGAAAUUAAUAUGUUCAUUUAAACUUAAGAGCCACACCAGAGCAUGCCCAUAUGGAUUGCAAAUAGCGUUCCAUCUACAUUUUUAUGAACAUUACUAAUACGAUCUGCAGAUACUUUCUUAAAGGUGAACUAGGCCUAUUUUUGCUAUUUUGAACAAAUAAAUGAAUCUAUUUGUGCAGGUCCAUAUACAAUUUUCUCUAAAGGUAAGGGUUAGGACAAUCCUCCUGCUAGGGUCUGGAUCAGUGCCUUCCCACACUUAGUUCCAGGGAAGGAAGUAAAAAGAAUUGCCACUUUAGAAACAAAAACAAUAAAAAUGGCAUUGUCUUUGUUCUUAGCUUGUCUAGUAGCACCUUUGAGCCCUAUACCCCCAUAUGGAAAUGCACUUUAGUGCCCUUGGCAGUACCUGCUGAGGUGUAGGGACUGUGAAAAUUUUAGGGGGUUAAGGGCUAGGAUAGAAAGCUGUAAUUAUCUUGGGGUUUAUAUGAUACAGUAGUCUUAAAAUAAUAUUUUUUGUGAAAGAACGAAUAAAGAUUUUCUUCAACCAGUUUGGGAAUCUAAAUCAGAGGUCAAUAAGAUCAGAGUUAUAAUGCUUGUCAGGUUAUAGGAAGCAUGAAACAUGGAUGAAGCAAGUAGAUGUUUUUCUAAAAAAAACCAAUAUUUGCAAACUAGAUAUAUAGAGAGAUUUCAAUUUUGUAAUUAACAGUGUGAACAAUGGGCCAUCACCCAAAUAUUCAACUAGGCCUUAAGUUUCUGAAGCAUUAUGAAUUUCUCUUGCCUGGGAUAAUUAGCAGGAAAAUCCAGAAUGCAUUUUUUGCAUUCUCAUUACCUCAUGUUCCCUUAACUUAUUAAAGGAACAGACACAUGGAAUCUAAAACAUGCACUCCUGGCCUUUAGAUUAUCUGUACUUGGUUUGCCUGGAGAAGGAUUUCUAGGAUCCCUUUUUUUUUUUUUUUUUUUUUUUUUUUUUUUUGUAAAUUGACUUAGGUAACAAAAUAGCGUGCACUACCUUUUUUUCAAUGCAAUAUGACACUUCAUCUGUUUCAGUAUUUUGUCCUAUUGAUAUGAAGUAUCAUAUGUUGUUUGUUGGUUUAAAUGUAGAUUUGACUUGCUGUUCAA